GGCUCGUCUUUGUCCAAGAAGAAGACCCAUACGCAACACUCAAUGAGACUUUUCGCGAAUAUAUCAUAUACAAAUUGAUAAUAUUGAUAUUAAUGUCACAAACGUCUUUAUCGGGCUAUGUUUUGUCUUCGCCUGUAGCCCCUUAGUAAGUCGUUUGAACAUUGUUUUUUGUAAAGUUUAAAAGAAUGAGCUAGCGAGGCACAGCAUGCUAAGCCGUGGUUGCUAACCCGGACUUUUGGCACUCAAAGCCGUUUCACCGUUGACCAAAAUCAUGUUUUUGGCCAACGUUCGCCGUCUUUAAUUCCACUUUGUCAUAGGCCGAAUGCUCAAGCGCCUGCUCGUUGGCAUAUCGACGUGCCUUUGUUGCACUUUUCGCCUACCGCGCCGCUACUUUCUGACCAUGCGACGUUUUUUGACGAGAAUGGUGAACCGGCUUUGGCUGUGCGAGCCGGUCGCUGUGGCGAUGAGCUCCGAAAAACCAGUGCGAGCGCAAGGUCGACGAAGGAUGGUGGUGGGCCUGGGUAACCCGGGCAUGGAGGGCACCCGUCACAGCGUGGGCAUGGCCGUGGUGGGCGCCCUGGCCGUCCGGCUGGGCCUCGGCGAGCGUUGGCGCCGAGAUAGGCAGCUGAACGGCGAGGUGCUGGUGGCGGAGCCGCAGCGCCUGGUGCUCUUGCGCCCCUGCGUCCUGAUGAAUGUCAAUGGCAUCGCAGUGGCCAAAGCGGCCAACAAGUACGGCGUGCGGCCCGAGGACAUCCUGCUGGUCCACGAUGAGCUGGACAAACCUUUAGGAAAGGUCGCCAUCAAACACGGGGGCAGCGCCAGAGGCCACAAUGGUGUCCGGUCCUGCAUGGACUGCCUUUGGACAGACGUGAUGCCCAGGCUACGGGUGGGCAUCGGGCGCCCGACGGGAAAGACUUCGGUGGAGCGCCACGUCCUGGGGUGCUUUGGUGCAGAGGAGACGAAAGUUCUGGAUUUGGUUCUGGUACAGAGUGUCAACGUUCUGAUGGCUCAGCUCGGAGAACAGAAGGAGGAGGGAAGACGCUCCUCAUCUCCCUCGCCGGAGGACGAACACGCCAAAGUGGCAAGCGUAGACCAUCUGCCAACACGCACGUAGCAUAUGGCGGCUAGCUAUUGCCCCCCCCCACCCCCCCCAAAAAAUGGUGGAUUCCAGCCCACGACACCCGGGAUCCAAAUCAAAGUCCUUCGUUUCACUGGACAUCUACGACUUCCAUGACACUUGUACAAUUACCUUGACAUUUUUGCUCACAAGUGUCAAGAGGCCAACAGGAAGUGGCAACCUACCAAAAUAAAGCCGGUGCUAACCAUGACGAGAUGUCACAACACA